AUGUAUCUCCUAUCUCUGCUAGGAGCAAUCUCGCUCCUGAUCGCCGCCGUCGCCGCCGAGUCCUCCGACAUUUUCUACUGGCCCGUCGGAUCUCCACAACCUUCCCUCCUCGCGCGCGUCGCUUAUGAUCCAGCCUCGCUGAAGUCCGAGCUGGUGUCCUACCACCCUCCUUCCAGCUCCUCCAAUGAUGAUGGCCUCGUUCGCAUUGGUCACUACGCCGUGACACCUUCCAAUCCCAAGCAAUGGUCUGGCAGCUUGGUGUCUUUGUCCGCUUUGACCGGAGAGCACCAGCCCACGAUUCGCCUCCACCUCGGACCUUCCAACGAGGUCUACCAUAUCUCCCUUGCGGCCUCCUCCUCACCAUCCGAUAGAGCAUCAGCUCCUAAGAUUGAGCUGGCAUUCAACACACCGGGUACACAGCCGCAUUUGAACCGACCCAUCGUGCUGCGCCCCGAUGGGCAGAACCCCGACGAAGUACCGGAGAAAACCCUUUUCCAAAAGUACUGGUGGGUUCUCUUGAUUGUCACGUUUUUGACCAUGUCCGGCGGUGGCGGCGGCGGUGGGGAAUGA